AUGUUGCCCCCGCGAAGUGCUGUUGGUCGAAUACCGACUCAUAUUCGACCAGCUCAUCCACCUCGAAUUUCUGGUCCCAACAUACACCUACGACCAUUCACUCACCGCACACGCCUACUACUUCUUUCCCCAGCGCCCGGCCGGCCUCAACUACCAUUUCUGUCACCUCUUGCGCCUACACGACCGCUCCCACCGCUAUCAAUUCACCUUCGCCAACAUUUUACUCGCUUGAUAUCUACCGCAAGUCGUGAAAAUUAUAAGCGAAGGCUAUCGCGAGGUCUGAAACUCGGCAUAUCAUUCUACGCCAUCCUUGUCUUGUUCUCCGCGAUCAAACUUGGCGUUUACCAGGAGGACAUUGAGCAUUCAUGGCCCACUCCCCCAGAAUGGUCGUGGAAAAGUCGUUGGUGUCUGCGAUCUGCGCAAGCACUACAAAACCCCGAACAGAUCGGCAAGCUGAUGACGAAUUGGCCCAUGGUCGCUGGAUAUCUCCGCGAGCUGCUGGAGCGGCUGGAGGACCCCGAGGGCGAAGGCAAGGGUAUCGUUGAACAAGAUGAAGGGGGCUUCCUCGUCGAAGGCGUGGGUCGCACUGGACUCGAUAUUUCUGCGAAGAGUGAGCCCUGGCGUCGUGGAUAUUUCCAGGCCCUCAUGGGGGCUGCUAAAGCAGCCGAGAACCUAGAUGGCUGGCUCACAGACCGCAAGCAGCGCAUAUCUGCGCCGGCGGAAUAUGUUGUUGGGCCCUCCAACCCUCGUCCAAAGCCCAUGCCUGCUGGUCAGAAGAAGGUUCCACGAGAGGAGGAUUGUGAAGAAGCGUCACCUUCUCCAGAGAGAUUCUAUAUGAAAGUUUUGACAACGAAAGGCUUUGAUACAAGGCAGAAACUCGACGCUGCGCUGGCAUAUGCCGAUUGGCUUGGGUUUAAAGGCCUGGGCCGCACGGCGGGUGACAUGUAUACAUGGGCCUUGGACAUUGCCGCGACUGGGCUGGAUGGAGAUGCUAGUAAAAUCGUCGAUAUGAAGACCGGGCUCCUGAAAAACAAUGGUGGGGACCUGCCAUCAGAAAACAUCCUCCGCGUGUCUACAGCCCUAGCCGUACACAACGCGCGUGAGGGAAAUCUCUCCACGGCUCUUUCUCUAUUCACAUCAGUUCUCAAAGCCCGGCGUAACCUCCCUUCUUCGCCGGAACUCGAUCUGCCUUUUUCUUUCCCAGCACCUCCUCAGGCAACCAACGACCCAUUUGCCUCCCUCUUCAAGUCACUCAAAACUGUCCUCAUUCCCGUGGAAUACCCUGAGCCUCUUCCCUCAGGCGAUGAGCCCCCAAAACGAACCGUAGCAUCCGCCUGUGAAGAAGCAGGACUGAUGACCUACAUCGGCGAGAUCCUCUACGCCUCAUCAUCCAAAGAAACCGGCCUCGCCUGGACUCGCGACGCAGUCGACAUGGCCGAGUCCACUGUUCACGACCUCAGCAAUUCUAACGACCGUGUUGCCCGAACUCGUUGUGCACAGUGUCUCAAAGUUGGCUUGGAAAAUUGGAAAACUAUGGUCUCUUCUCUAGUUGCUCGUGCCCGCCAAGAAGAAACAGAGAGCAAGGAUCAGGCCCCAAAUGCUUGGUUCGGUGGCGAGCGUCGUGCACAGGCUAAGUCUCUUGAACGUCGACGCUGGGAGGCCGAAGAGACUAUUCUGGAAGACCGUAUCCGCAGACUCUUCCCUCUUCUCGAGGGGGAGUCCGGGUUGGAUACUCUCGCUCCGAAUAGCUCUCUUUUUGUGUAA